AGCUCUGUGUGGCCACCUCUGAGCUCUUCACUACACCACUGAAUGCUGACUGUUUCCUCCUGGGAACUGAAGAUAUUUUCUAGAAGAUAUUUUCCUUUUGCGCCUUUUCCUGCAGGGACAGCCAUGCACGCGGCGCUCUGCGCCUGCCUCUUCCUGGGCCUCCUGCCCGGUGCCCGGGGCGCCACCCGGAGGUACUACCUGGGCGCGGUGGGCCUGUCCUGGGACUACACGCGAGGCGACCUGCAGGGCAGGCUGCACGGGGACACCAGGUCUGCUCCUGCAGCGCCAGGGCCUUCUCCCGGCAGCUCCGUGCUCGCCUACAAGAAGACUGUGUUUGUGGAGUUCACGGAUCACCUGUUCAGCAGAGCCAAGCCCAGGCCUCCCUGGAUGGGUCUGCUGGGUCCAACCAUCCAGGCUGAGGUUUCUGACACAGUGGUCGUCACACUUAAGAACAUGGCUUCUCACCCUGUCAGUCUGCACGCUGUGGGGCUGUCCUACUGGAAAGCUUCUGAAGGGGCUGAAUAUGAGGAUCAGACCAGCCCGAAGGAGAAGGAGGACGACAAGGUGGCCCCUGGACAAAGCCAUACCUAUGUCUGGCGGGUCCCGAAGGAGGGCGGCCCAGUGGCCUCCGACCCACCCUGUCUCACCUACUCGUAUCUCUCUCACGUGGACCUGGUAAAAGACUUGAACUCGGGCCUCAUGGGAGCCCUGCUGGUGUGUAAAGCAGGAACUCUGGCCCAAGACAGCACACAGACCCGCAACGAAUUCGUGCUGCUUUUUGCUGUAUUUGCUGAAGGGAAAAGCUGGUACUCGGACACAGAUGAGCUGCUGUCGCAGGCGCCCGAAAUGCACACCAUCAACGGCUACGCCAACAGGUCUCUGCCAGGUCUGAUCGGCUGUCACAGGAGGCCGGUGUACUGGCAUGUGAUCGCGAUGGGCACCACCCCCGAAGUGCACUCGAUUUUCCUCGAAGGGCACACAUUCCUUGUGAGGAACCAUCGCCAGGCCUCCCUGGAGAUCUCGCCGGUCACCUUCGUUACCGCGCAGACCCUUCUGAUGGACCUCGGCCGGUUCCUGCUGUUCUGUCACAUCUCUUCGCACCAGCACGCUGGCAUGGAAGCUUACGUCAACGUAGACAGUUGCCCGGAGGAACCCCAAGUACGGAUGAAAAAAAAUGAAGAUUAUGACGACGGCGACCUUGAUGAUUCCGACAUGGAUGUGGUCGGAUUUGGUGACGACAGCUCUCGUCCCUCUCCCCAAAUACGCUCCGUCGCCAAGAAGCACCCCAAAACGUGGGUCCACUACAUCGCCGCUGAAGAGGAGGACUGGGACUACGCCCCCGAGGCCGUGCCCCGCGGCGACCGGUGAUGCCGGGAGUCUGUAUUUAGAGAAAGGCCUCAGCGGAUUGGCAGCAAGUACAAAAAAGUGCGAUUUGUGGCGUACACGGACGAGACGUUUGCAACGCGGGCAGCCGCUGCGCGGGAGGCGGGCAUCCUGGGCCCGCUGCUGCACGGGGAGGUGGGCGACUCGCUUUUGAUCAUAUUUAAGAAUCAAGCCAGCCGGCCCUACAACAUUCAUCCCCACGGAAUCGCUGAUGUCGGGCCUCUGCACGCAGGCAGGCUGCCGAAAGGUGUGAAACACUUGAAAGAUUUGCCAAUUCAGCCUGGAGCCAUCUUCAAGUACAAAUGGACAGUGACCCUGGAAGAUGGACCGACUAAGGCAGACCCCCGGUGCCUGACGCGCUAUUACGCCAGCACCGUCAAUCCAGAGCGAGAUCUGGCUUCGGGGCUCAUUGGCCCUCUCCUCAUCUGCUGCAAAGAAUCUGUAGACAAAGGAGGAAACCAGAUGAUGUCUGACAAGAGAAAUGUCAUCCUGUUUUCUGUGUUUGAUGAGAAUCAAAGCUGGUACCUCGCAGAGAAUAUGCAGCGCUUCCUCCCCAGCACAGAUGGAGUGCAGCCACAGGACCCAGAGUUCCAGGCCUCCAACGUCAUGCACAGCAUCAACGGUUAUGUUUUUGAUAGCUUGCAGCUGUCAGUUUGUUUGCAUGAGGUGGCAUACUGGUACAUUCUAAGUGUUGGAGCACAAACUGACUUCCUCUCUGUUUUCUUCUCUGGAUAUACCUUCAAACACAAAAUGGUCUAUGAAGACACACUCACCCUUUUCCCCUUCUCAGGAGAAACUGUAUUCAUGUCCAUGGAAAAUCCAGGUCUGUGGGUUCUGGGGUGCCACAACUCAGAGUUUCGGAGCAGAGGCAUGACAGCACUGCUGCAGGUUACCAGUUGUGACAGGAACACCGGUGAUGAUUAUUACGACACCUACGAAGAUAUCCCAGCCUCCUUGAUGAAUGAAAACGAUGUCAUUGAACCCAGAAGCUUCUCCAUGAAUUCAAGACACCCUAGCACCCAGCAACAGCUAUUCAAACCCAGCACAGCUCCAGAAAAUGGCACAGCUCCAGAGACCGGCCAUCAGUCUGGAGAGAGAACGCAGCUGCUUCCAGUGCAAAGUGUUCCCGUCAGUGACCUGCUGACACUCGUGGGGCAGACUCCUACUCCACACGUGUCAUCAGGGUCUGAUCUCCAUGAUGCCGCAACCGAGGCGGCUGAGCAUUCACCUGGGGCAGCAGAAAGUAACAAAGGCCCAUCCGAGGUGUCGCCUCUCAGAGCAGGUGGGGACAGAGUGUUUACUCCUGAGCCAGAACUUCAAUUAAGACCAAAUGAGAACCUGGGGACGACCGUAACAGGAGAGGCGAAGAAACUUGAUUCCAGAUUUUCUAGUUCAUCAAGCCAUCUAAUAACUUCACCAACAGUUCCAUCAGACAAGCUGGCAACAAGUGCUAGAGAGACAGCUUCUGUACGACCCCCCAACAUGCCAGUUCCCGUCAGCAGUCCAGCAGGCGCCACUGUAUUUGGCAAGAGUUCAUCUCACCUGAUGGGGUCUGGUGUACCUGUGGGCUUGAGUGAAGGAGGUAAUGAUUCCAAGUUCAUAGAGUCAGCUUCAAUGACUAGUCAAGAAAGUUCACGGGGAGAAAAUGUAUUCUCAAUGGAGAGUGAUGAGUUGUUUAGAGAAAAAAGACUUCAAGAACCUGCUUCAUUGAGCAAAGUUAACAUCUCUCUGGUAAAGACAAACAAGUCACCGAUGAACUCAACUAACAGGAAGAUUCACACUGACGGGCCAACAUUAUUCCCUGAGAACAGAGCAUCGGUCUGGCAAGAUACCGUAUUAGGAGAUAAUACUGAGUUUCAAGAAGUGACUUCUUCGAGUCAUCAUGAAACAUUUAUGGACAAAAGUACUACAGCUUUGGGGUUUAGUCAUGUGUCCCAGGAAACGGCUUCAUCAGGCAGCACGGAAAUGGCUCAAACAAAAGAGAGUCGUGCGGAAAGCGCCGCCCUGCCCUUCUUCGAUACAUUCUUCUUGCCAGACUCAGCCAAUCAGGUAAAAAGGACCCAGGACAAGGACCCCCUGCGCUCUGGGCAGAGGUCUGGCUCAAAGCAAUUAGCGUCUUUAGGAUCAGAGAAGUUCGUGAGGCAUCAGAAUUUCUCGUCAGAGAACAAGGUGGGAGGACGAGAGGACGCGUUUACCAAGGAAACGGGACUCGGCCGGAGGAGCCUUCCAAACAGCAAGACCACAGCGCUCAGGCCCGAAGUCAAUGCCCAAGCAAACGAUACACACGCUCCAGAGAAAGAGCCCCGGGAGGAGAUGGGAAGGCAGGAGACAGUGACCCAAGAGAACGUAGUUUUGCCUCAGGCACACACAGUGCCCGACACCAGACAUUUCCUGAAGAACCUUUUCUCGGGAAAUGAAGCGACGCGGAUGGGCGAGAAGGGCCCAGGGGCCGCGGAGAAGGCGCCGGAGCCGGGCCGACCGGACGGUCUCUCUCAACGGGGUAAGCGGGACCCAGCGCGAGUCACGCCGCUUGUGGAAAGGGCGGCCGCAGAGGAAGGGCGCGCCCGCAGACCGGAGCCGGAGCCGGCGCGGGGGAGAGGCCCUCACCGGGAGGCGGCCCUACCCACGGCUCAGCCCGAGGGGGGCAGAGCGGACUACGAUGAAAUUUUCCCGACGGAAACGAAGAGAGAGGAUUUUGACAUUUAUGGUGACGAUGACACUCCGGGGCCACGCAGCUUUCAAAAGAGAACACGCCACUACUUCAUCGCGGCGGUGGAGCGGCUCUGGGACUACGGGGUGCGCGCGCCCCCCGGCGCCCCGAGAAGCAGCUACCACGGGGCGCAGAGCGGGGGCAGCCCUCAGUUCAAGAAGGUCGUGUUCCAGGAAUUCACCGACGCCUCCUUCGCUCAGCCCUUGUACCGGGGAGAGCUGAAUGAGCACUUGGGGCUCCUGGGGCCCUACAUCAGAGCCGAAGUGGAGGACAGCAUCAUGAUAACUUUCAAAAACCAGGCCUCUCGUCCCUACUCCUUCUAUUCUAGUCUCAUUUCUUAUGAGGAAGAUGCGCAGCGCGGAGCAGCGCCCAGAAGGAAGCGCGUGGAGCCCAACGAGACCAGGAGCUACCUGUGGAGGGUGCGGGAGCACAUGGCGCCCUCCGCCCCUGAGUUCGACUGCAAAGCCUGGGCCUACUUCUCCGACGUGGACCUGGAGAGGGACGCGCACUCAGGCCUCAUGGGGCCCCUACUCAUCUGCCGCCCCAACACACUGAGCGCAGCCCACGGCAGACAAGUGACUGUGCAGGAAUUUGCUCUGCUGUUCACUGUCUUCGACGAGAGCAAGAGCUGGUACUUCGCCGAAAACCUGGAAAGGAACUGCAGGGCGCCCUGCAACACCAACACAGAGGACCCCGCUGUGAAAGAGCGUUAUCGCUUCCAUGCGGUCAAUGGCUACGUGAUGGAUACACUGCCCGGCCUGGUCACAGCGCGGGGCCAGAAGACUCGAUGGCACCUCCUCAGCAUGGGCAGCAGUGAGAACAUCCAUUCCAUCCACUUCAGCGGACACGUGUUCACGGUUCGGAAAAAGGAGGAGUACAAGGGGGCCGUGUGCAGCCUCUAUCCGGGCAUCUUUGAGACGGUGGAGAUGGUCCCAUCCGAAGCAGGGGUCUGGCGGGUCGAGUGCCUCCUCGGGGAGCACCUCCGCGCGGGCAUGAGCGCCCUGUUCCUGGUCUACAGCAGCGAGUGCCGCGCUCCCCUGGGAAUGACCUCUGGGCACAUCCAAGACUCUCAGAUCACGGCCUCAGGGCAGCAUGGGCAGUGGGCCCCAAAGCUGGCCAGACUUCACCAGUCAGGAUCGGUCAACGCCUGGAGCACCAAGGAGCCCUUCUCCUGGAUCCAGGUGGACCUGUUGGAACCAAAGAUCAUUCACGGCAUCAUGACGCAGGGCGCCCGCCAGAAGCUCUCCAGCCUCUACAUCUCUCAGUUCGUCGUCAUGUACAGCGUGGAUGGAAACAACUGGCGCAGUUACCGAGGGAAUUCCACGGGCACCUUAAUGGUCUUCUUCGGCAACGUGGACUCAUCCGGUAUAAAGCACAAUGUCUUCAACCCUCCAAUCAUCGCUCGGCACUUCCGCCUGCACCCCACACACUACAGCGGCCGCAGCACCCUGCGCAUGGAGCUGCUGGGCUGUGACCUCAACAGCUGCAGCAUGCCCCUGGGUGUGGGGAGCAAAGCGGUCUCCGAUGCUCAGAUCACGGCCUCAUCCUACUUAAAGAACGUGUUUGCCAGCUGGGCUCCCUCCCAAGCGCGACUCCACCUCCAGGGCAGGACCAACGCCUGGAGACCGCAGGUCGAUGAUCCCAAAGAGUGGCUGCAAGUGGACUUCCAGAAGACAGUGAAAGUCACAGGCGUGACCACCCAGGGCGUGAAGUCUCUCCUUAUGAGCAUGUUUGUGACGGAGUUCCUCAUCUCCAGCAGUCAAGAUGGCCACCACUGGACUCUGUUCCUUCAGAGUGGCCAAGCAAAGGUUUUCCAUGGCAAUGAAGACCCCUUCACCCCUGUGCUGAACUCUCUAGAGCCGCCUCUACUAACCCGCUACCUUAGAAUCCACCCCCAGAGCUGGGUGCACCACAUUGCCCUGAGGCUGGAGGUCCUGGGCUGCGAGGCCCAGCAGCUGUCCUGGGGCCCAGGCCCCGCCUGA